ACACGAGACGCCGCCCUGUCCCGGGUUGUAAUGACCUGUAUGCAGAGGGUAGCUUCAACCCCUUAUCCAUAAGUCUAGCUAUAGGAUGCUCUCCCAGAGAGAAGGCACACCGUCGCUGUACUGCUCCCAGCAAUCUCGCUUCAGAGAAUACCAAGCGGCUGCCAGUUUGCUGAAGCAGCACGAGUCGCUGAAGCCCUGUAAGCGCUGCGGCUCUCCUGCCAAGCACAACGCAGAUGCCAUGAGGGCCACCUGUACCCGCCUCAGCUGUGCCUUUGACUUCUGCACCCUGUGCCAGGCCCUUUAUGGCUCCUCAGCCUGCCACACAGGGCUGGCCCGGGGGCCUAGCAGCUCCAGAGCCAUCCUCAUCGGCAGCGCUCGCAGCAAGAGGAACGUCAGGCGCCUGUGAGAUCAACGCCGCCCUGGAUGAAGACUCAAUAACGCACCUUUUUUAAAAACCAAC